CUUUGAACAGUUGCCUUUUCCUCUCACAGGAGGGAGAACUCAUUUCGUUUGAGACUGGAUAAAGUUGAAAACAAGCUACACAUCAGCGGGAGGGUAUGUUGGCUAAGAAGCCCCCGAAACCAGCCCCUCGAAGGAUCUUCCAAGAAAGAUCAAAGAUUACUGCUCUGCCCUUGUACUUUGAAGGAUUUUUAUUAGUCAAGAGGUCAGAAUGCCAGGAGUAUAAACAUUAUUGGACGGAGUUGAGAGGAACUACACUUUUCUUUUACACCGACAAAAAGAGUACAAUAUAUACUGACAAGUUAGACAUAAUAGACCUCACAUGCCUUACUGACCAGAAUUCAACUGAAAAGAAUUGUGCAAAGUUCACCCUUAUUUUGCCAAAAGAGGAAGUGCAAUUGAAGACAGAGAACACAGAAAGUGGGGAAGAAUGGAGAGGCUUCAUCCUCACAGUAACAGAGCUGUCAGUUCCCCUACAUGUGUCACUCCUUCCUGGGCAAGUAAUUAGACUGCAUGAAGUCCUAGAGAGAGAAAAGAAAAGGAGGAUUGAGAUGGAGCAGAUAUCAAGUUUCUCCCCAGAAAAAGGGAAGGAACCAAGUGAAGAUUAUGUGGAUGUGCUGACCCCUAUGCCAGAAUGUUUUUAUACAGUGUCCCGGAAAGAAGCAACUGAGAUGCUUGAGAAGAACCCUUCCUUGGGAAAUAUGAUCCUGAGGCCGGGUAGUGACAGCAGAAACUACUCCAUCACCAUCCGGCAGGAUAUAGACCUGCCAAGAAUCAAGCACUACAAAGUGAUGAGCAUAGGAAAAAACUACACUAUUGAAUUGGAAAAACCUGUAACACUCCCAAAUCUUUUCAGUGUCAUUGAAUAUUUUGUGAAGGAGACUCGAGGAAAUUUACGACCAUUUAUAUAUUCAACCACUGCAACUCUUGUUGCAAUCAAGGUGUUGGCUAGGGCUGGAUCAUCAUCUGAGACUUGACCAAGGAAGAAUCUGAUUCCACACUCACUCAAGGUGUUUGGAGAAUUCACUUCCUUACAGCUCUAGGAUUCACACAGCAGCUGGCUUCUUCAGACAGCAGUGUGGGUAGGGGUCGGGGGAAGGAGGGCCACUGAGCAAAUCUACUAGCAAUGCGGAGUCUAAUGCAACAUUAAGAACCAUGGUACUGACAUCCCAUCACCUUUACCAUAGUCUACUGCUUAUCACAUGGUUCCCAUUUCCUGGUGUAUCGCAUUGUACAAACCCCAUACCUUGAAGGUAGGGUGCACCUGUAACUUGUUUCUAACCAAGUCACUUAUAACCAUAUAGGUUCCUUUACUCUCCCCUCCUUGUUAUAGUUGUCAUAUGUAUUAAUCUACCUUAUAUUGAAAAAAACCAAUACAUGUUACAAUUUUUGCUUUUGAUAGUUAUAAAUAUAUUAAAGACUUUGAGGAAAGUAGUCUUAUUACUACUAGAUACUUCCCAUUUCCAUUGGGUUUUCUUUUUCCUGUGGUAUCAUUUUUCUUCAACUUGAAGAACUCCUGAGCUCAUUCAGUGAAUCUUUUCUAUUUCAAGUGUUUUUUUCAUUUUGCGAAUUUCUGCUUGGUAUAAUUUUUUUGCUGCUUUUAUCCUUCCAUUUGUUUCAAGAGUGUUUAUCACCACCUCAUGGAGCACAUGCAUCUCUUUAGUCUUUGAUAAUUUUGACAUCUUGAUUAUUUUAGUGUUUGCAUCUGUUGUCUUUUUCCUUGAGAACUGGUCACAUUUUUCUGACUCUUUGUCUCUUUUGUAUCUUGGAUAUUUUAUUUUAUUUUAUUUGGCUAGGCCUGAGGCAUGUGAAAAUUUCUGGGCCAGGGAUCAAGCCACUGCAGUGAUAAUGUCGGAUCCUUAACCCGUUGUGCUGCAGGAAAACUAUCUUGGAUAUUUUGAAUAUGUCAUGAGACUCUACAUCCUAUUAAGAUCCUCUGGAGAUUUUUUUCUCCUUUUUUUAAGGGCUGGACCAAUGGCCUAUGCAA